AUGAAAUUGAACGCGAACAUUUUAUUGCUGCUGGCAACGCGCGCCGUUGCUAGCAACGCUGGCUCUGGGAAUUCCAGCUAUGCCGUCCAGAAGCCUCCACUGACGACGAAGUGGACCUAUACUGCUGGCACUAAUCCGUGGCCAGAGUAUCCUCGGCCGCAGCUCGAGCGCUCCGAAUGGAAAAACUUGAAUGGAAUUUGGAGGUAUGAGAGUGCCUCUGAUUUGGCUGCUGCCAACAACCCGCCCUUCAACUCGACUCUGUCACACGAGGUCUUGGUGCCGUCCUGUCUCGAGAGUGCCUUAUCUGGAAUCCAAGGGAACAACACCCUUUACUCCUGGUUCUCCACAUCUUUUACUGUGCCGUCCGAGUGGGACGACAACGUUCUACUCAACUUCGGAGCAAUUGACUACGAGGCCACGGUAUUCGUUAACGGCCACAAUGCUAGUUUUCACCGUGGCGGCUAUUUUCAAUUCACUGUGGAUGUGACUAAGUAUCUCACCAGUGGGGAAAACGAACUCCUCGUGUUUGUUCACGAUCCGACCGACAGUGGCGACUACGUGAUUCCCAUUGGGAAGCAGACACUAAAUCCUUCUCACAUUUUUUACACCCCCUGCAGCGGUAUUUGGCAAAGUGUUUGGAUUGAGUCGGCUCCGGCCAACCAUGUGGUGCAGCUCGAUCUAGCUGCUGAUAUGCACGGUGUUGUAAAUACCACAGUUUACACGUCACAGAAGAAUGCAGAGAAGGUUGAGGUGGCUAUCAUUGAUGCCAAGUCUGGCAAGUCUGUAGCCUCUCACCAAGGUCUCUCCAAUGAGCCAUUCCACUUUACAGUGUCAUCACCCAAACUCUGGUCCCCAGACUCGCCAACUCUAUACAAUGUUACCGUCACCUUCGGAAAAGAUAAGAUCCAAAGCUAUACGGGAUUCCGGACAGUUUCCAAGGGAACCGUCGACGGCGUGGUUCGACCUCUCCUGAACGGGGAAUUUAUCUUCUGGUUUGGCACACUUGAUCAAGGAUAUUGGCCGGAUGGUCUCUAUACCCCCCCGAAUCGCGAGGCAAUGGUGUACGAUAUUCAAACGUUGAAGAAGCUGGGCUUCAACAUGCUUCGGAAGCACAUCAAAGUGGAAACGGCACUGUUUUACCGAGCAUGUGAUGAGCUUGGUUUGAUGGUCAUCCAGGAUAUGCCAGCCCUUCGGCCCCUGCAGUCCAUUCUUCCCAACGAUGCGCAACAACAAGAAUUCGUGCGCCAACUUGAGGUUCUUGUAAACCAACUCAAGAGCUACCCAAGUAUUGUAACAUGGGUUAUCUACAAUGAGGGUUGGGGCCAGUUGAUCGAGGGGUACCCUGAAUUUGCCUUGACCGAUCUAGUCAAGCAGCUUGACCCAACACGACUCGUUGAUUCCACCACUGGUUGGUAUGACCACGGAGCUGGAGAUUUCAGCGAUAACCACCAUUACGCCAACCCCCAAUGUGGUACGCCAUUUUACUCGAUUAGCUCGAGUCCUUUUGACCCUAAGCGGAUUGGAUUCCAGGGUGAAUUUGGGGGGAUCGGAAACAAUGUCUCCCUUGAGCAUCUUUGGAACAACCAGGCGGCCAUUAAUUCAAUCAACCAGACCUACGAAAUCGACGAGACAAUAGACAGUUGGAAUUAUCGAAGCCACUACCUUCUUUCCGAAUUGAAAGACCAAAUCGAGCUAUUUUCAUGCAGUGGUGGCGUGUGGACUCAAACAACAGACGUUGAAGGAGAGGUCAAUGGUCUCUUAACCUAUGACCGUAGAGUGCUGAGAACAGAUGAGAAGCAGUGGAAAGCUGAUAUUCAAGCACUGUACGAUGCUGCUACUGCCAGGCAAAACUCUACGGUGUCAGCUCGGAGUCUCGGUAUCUGA